AUGAUAAUAUGCUCAUGGAAUGUGAGGGGGCUUAAUGCUCCUUCAAAGGUGGUGGAGGUGAGGAGAUUUUUGCAGAAGAAUGAAAUAGAUGUUGUAGCUUUGGUGGAGACUAGGGUGGUGAAUAAAACAGAUCAGUUUAUUCAUGGAGUCAUUUGCACUAAGACUGGCUUAACUACUUUUGAAUUUACUGCUGUCUAUGGACUUCACACUAUAGAUCAUAGAAAACCAUUGUGGGUUGAUUUGGUUAACAUUGCAAGCACUGUGAGUAAGCCUUGGCUGCUUAUGGGGGAUUUCAAUUCUGUUUUAUAUUCUGGGGACAGGAUUAAUGGUAGUCAAGUUCAAGAUAGUGAAACAAGGGAUUUUGAGGGGUGUAUUGAUGCUGCUGGUUUGGCUGAACUGAAGAGUUGUGGACACUUCUUCUCCUGGAGUAAUAAAGGGCAAGGGGAUAGGGGAAUCAGUUCUAGAAUUGAUAGAGCUUUAGGGUGUGCUGCUUGGCAUACAGUGUUUGAUGGUGCUAUUGUGGAUUAUCUUAACCCAGGAAUUUCUGACCAUUCUCCUCUUGUUCUCACUUGUAAUGCAGAGGAUCAUUCUAAAGGGAGGCCUUUUAGGUUCUUCAACUAUAUGGCUGGCCACCCUAGCUUUACUCAAGUGGUCCAAGAUGGCUGGAAGGUUAAUAUUCAUGGCACUGCAAUGUACCAGGUGUGGCAAAAGUUGAAAUGUGUUAAGCAGGGUUUGAAAACUUUACACAAGAAGGAGUUUGCAAGGCUUGAGGAAAGAAUUGACAAUAUUAGAACUGAUCUUGAUGGCAUCCAACAUCUGCUGGCUGCUACUCCCACUGACUCUGAGUUACAGGUGAAUGAAAAGAAACAGUUAGAGUUGCUGAAAAAGUUUCUAGGAAUUCAGGAAAGUGCAUAUAGGCAAAAAUCAAGAAUUCAAUGGCUGAAAACAGGUGACUCAAAUUCUAAAUUCUUCUUCAGUGCUAUGAAAGAGAGAUACACAAGGAAUAGCAUUGACUUGUUGUAUGACACUGCUGGAAGGAAACUGGUCACCACAGAGGAAAUCCAGAAGGAGAUUUGUGAUUUUUAUAAGGAGCUUGUUGGGUCUGCUGCAGAUAAUCUUGUGGGUAUUGAUCUGGAUGUUGUUAGGAAGGGGAAUCAACUGACUGCUAAUGCUGCUCAAGGUCUAGUAGUUCCUGUUACAAAUGAGGAGAUUGAUGUUGCCUUGGCUGGUAUCAAUAUCCACAAAGCCCCUGGCCUAGAUGGUUUCAAUAGCUUUUUCUUUAAAAAGGCAUGGGGAAUAGUUAAAGAUGAUGUUUAUGCAGCUGUGAAGGAAUUCUUGAAACUGGCCAAAUGCUGA